AAUGAAAAUCUUCCUUCUUCUCGCUUUUGUAGCUUGUGCUAAUGCCCAAUGGCUCUCCAACUGUGGAAGCAGUAAAUUUCCAAAUCCUGCUCCUGAACAGAGACAAGAUAGAUUUGGUAGAAUUGUUGGAGGAUGGGAAUCCAGACCAAAUGAAUUUCCUUAUCAAUUGAGUUUGAGAAGAUUUGGAAGUCACUCUUGCGGAGCUGUCAUCGUCAACAGCCAGUGGGCUCUUUCCGCUGCUCAUUGUACCUCUUCUGGAUCUGCUAAUGGUUUAGCCGUUGUUGCUGGAGCUCAUCGUAGAAGCAGCCCAGCCGCUUCUGAACAAACUUCAAACAUUCUUAGAGUUGUGAAUCAUGAAGACUAUCAAAAUCCUCUUCGUUACUCCAACGAUAUCACUCUUCUUCAAUUGGCUACUCCAUUGACCUUUAAUGAAAAUGUCGCUCCAGCCUGCUCUCCAAGAGAUGUCACUUAUGAUGAUGAUACCGUUACCAUUUCUGGAUGGGGAUCUACCUUCUCUGGUGGCUUCGUUACCGAUGAAUUGAGAUACACCAAUGUUCAAGUAUGGAGCAAUGAUGAGUGUUCUGGCCCAUACCCAGGAAGCAUCGAUGAUAGCAUGAUCUGUGCUGCUUCUGCCGGAAGAGAUACUUGCCAAGGAGAUUCCGGUGGUCCAAUGGCUUAUAACAAUAAUGGAAAAUUCGAAGUUGUCGGUUUGACUUCAUGGGGAAGAGGAUGUGCCCUUGCUACUCACCCCGGAGUUUAUGCCAGAGUUAGUGCUCAACUCCAAUGGAUUGCAGAUAAUGCCAAUUAA